CCCUUGAAAUUAAAGUAACUGUUCCAAGAGUUUUUGUCCGUAAGUCGUUAUAAGCCUAUUUUUUAAAGGCUUUGGUUUCAACCACGAAUUUCCAUCUUAGUGUAUAUCAGUGUUUUCCUACUAGAAACUUAAAUUUAAAAUGUCCUUAAGUGUCAUUAUCUUCAGAGCAGUACCCAUGAGAGCUAAGUGGCUUUUCAUUCAUUCAGACAGCUUAGGCCAGAGGAACAGGAACACCGUGGGAGGUAAUAGUUUUCUAACCGAGACAUGCUGGAGAGGAAAAUUGACUGUGCCUGAUUAUGAAGCUGAUUAAUUCUUGGAGAUUUAAUUAGCAUAUUAGUAUCCUGUCUACUUAGGCUUAUUUAAUGCUAACUCCUGGUUCUGGCUCUGCUUUCAGCUAACUCUAUGACUUUGGACAAGUUACUUACUUACUAUAGAACUCAAUGAACGGUUUACAAUUAUACAGUAAAGGGAGGCCGUUCGACUCCAAAAAUGCCAGUGACUGUGAGAUUUGCCCCCUGGGAACCUUCAUGCUCCUGCCCUAACCAUCCUUUGGGAAGAGACUCAUAAGAAAAGACCCCUGCUCAGUGGACUCACCUGGGGAAUUUUAAUGACUACUGCUGCUGGACCUCACCUGGAGAGACUCGGAUCUAAUUGGUGUGGCCUGGGCGUGUGGAUGUUUAGAUGUUCCCCAGCAACUGUGCCCGAGGAGUAUCCUGAUCAGUUCGACGACGUCAUGGAUUUUAUUCAAGCCACCAUCAGAAGACUGAAGAGGUCCCCCGAUAAACAGAUGGCCCUGCUCCCUCGCAGAGAGCGGCAUCGGCAGGCUGCGGCUGCCAGCCUGGAGAGUUCCAGAGGGAAAGCUCGGCGGGGCCAGAGGGGCCGAAAUCGGGGGUGUGUCUUAACGGCCAUACACCUCAAUGUCACUGACUUGGGUUUGGGCUACGAAACCAAGGAGGAACUCAUUUUCCGGUACUGCAGCGGCUCAUGCGAUGCCGCCGAGACCAUGUAUGACAAAAUAUUAAAAAACCUGUCCAAAAACAGACGGCUGGUGAGCGACAAAGUUGGGCAGGCGUGUUGCAGACCCAUCGCCUUUGACGACGACCUGUCCUUUUUAGAUGAUAACCUGGUUUACCAUAUUCUAAGAAAGCAUUCCGCUAAAAGGUGUGGAUGUAUCUGACUCUGGCUCCAGAGACCGCUGUGUAUCGCAUUCCUGCUACAGUGCAAAGAACGGGACCAAGGUUCCCAGCAAAUGUUUGCCCAGAAUGGAAGAUGAGGACCAAGGAGACGGAGGAGGAGGAAUUGGAAGAGGAAGAGGAAGAAGGCAGCCAUUGUGGGAGCCUGGUAGAGGGAGGUCCAGCCACCGAAAACUGGACAGGAGAGAGAAAAAACAGCUGUCUGCAUUCUCCCGGAGGGCGGCCCACGUCACCAGAAGCUCAGGGCUGGUGUCCCUGGUUGGGCAUAGCCAUCAUUUCAUCUGAUACAGUCCACCAUCACCGGUCAGGGGUGCAGUGGCGGAUGCACUUGAAACCAAACCAGUGUAUCUCCUGUGGUUUGUUUUCACAUGUCUGGAGACACCAGGGCCAUGGUCCUCCUGGUGUCAUGCCUUGUCAGGACGUUUUACUGCUGAAAGCAAGAAAGGUUUAUUUUUCUGUCACUCAGUGGAGACAUACCCCGGAGAGGAGGGGGAAGAACACACAAAAAACGCGAAGACACAAGAGCUAUCGAUCGUAACCUUUGAUGUGGAAGGUUCAGGCCUGAGGUUUACUCCAGCCAGUGUGUGGGGGGGGGAUGGUGGGUGAUGGAUUUUGAACAGGGUGUGUGGGGUGGGAAGAAGUUGGCUAGGAACCAAAACGGCUGUCCUCGUGACUCAAACCAAACCUGAAGGUAUUUCCUUUCUGUCCUUGGAAACAGGAAACCAGUUGUGGUUUUCGGCAGCAUUCUUGCAGGAGAGCGUGUGGGGAAGGCCCCAGCUGCACCAGGGCGGGGCGGCCGCCAGGCCUGUCGGUUUACAGAGAGACAGAUGUUACAUACACCGCAGCUCCGUUAUGCGUGGUCACCAGUGACCAGAGAAGCUACUCGAUGCAAUGCAUCUGUUUCAGAUACAGAAAUAUAGAGAAGCUAUUUAUUGAGAUUUAAGUUAUUGUUAUUUAUUACAGUUCACUAAUGCGUUUCUCUCUCUUUUUUUUCUCCCCCUUAUUUAUUAAAGUUUCUUUUCAAAGGUGCCAAAGUAUAUGUGCUCGCAAAAGGCAGAGAGAGGUGACAAAGGAAAUUUUAAUUGGGAACAAGGGUCCAUGCUUUUCAGGCAAAAAUCACUUACUUUACCUUUUUAAGAAAAGCCCUCCUGUGAUUUCCCCAACUCUCAGCAUCUUACCUGUUUUUAUAUCUCAUAGAAGAGAGGUGCAAGAAGGAGCGUUUCUGACAAGGCCCCCUUAUCGGGAGCGGUGCGCAGAGACCAAGGCGCUCCCUUCGUUUCUUCACGGCUCCAUCUAUGAACAGAUAGGCCACAUGCUCCAUCUCCUGUUGUAUUUAAGCUCUCGCUCCCCUUCGCAGGUCUGUGCGGUGCAUAACCGUAUUCAUCAAAGGCUAAUAACGGCCCCUUGGGAGGUAGUCCUGGAUUCAUUGUAAAAGUCCUGCCCAGUAGCGGGGGUUCCACCCUGAUUCUGGAGACUCUUCCUCCUUCUUUCUAUCCCCCACUUUCUGAAAAACAUAUUCGGGCCCCAUGCAGCUAUGGAGACCUGCAGGCCUUCCCCAGGUGGGGUCGGCCUGGGUGCCAUAAAAGCCACCAGGUGCUGCCUCCGUACACCUGACCCCUCCCUUGGAAAAGGUGGCCUGGGUGGGUGAACAGGGAAGCUGGGCCACUGGGGUGCCGAAAGCCUGUGACAGGGCGGGAGCGCAGGGUGAGAACACCCAUCUCCUAGGCGGCCCGAUCAUGGAUUUGUUUGGCAGCUGACCCCGAAGGGCCCUGGGCCCUGUUGUAGAGCUGGACACACAUUUCAUAAAAGGCACUUUUAUCAAACAGAUCAUCCAUCACUAGAUUUAGCAAUUUAAUAGCCUACUGGCCUCCCGCAGAUAAUCAUGUGACUUUCACAGAGAAACCGAGAAGCAGCAGUUAGUUACCAGACGUCCCUUCCCCCCUGCCCCAGAGGAUGUGAGUUGUCCAGGGUUCUGCACCCCUAUCCUUUCUGCUCCCCUUGCACGACUAGGAAAUAGAGGAAAAGGGACUCUCACUUGCCCUCUCUUGGGGUCCAACUAGGGACCUAGCCGAGGAGCGGCCUGCUCAAAAUAGGGACAGACCAAGCCACCGGUCAUUCAUGAAGCGCAAUGUGAUACAGCCCCAGGAUCCUCUGUCCCAUCCUCUGUCCUGGCAGAUCUGGAGGCUGGUGUCCCCAGGGGUCAGCCUCAGUCCCAGCUCCCUGUGGAGAGUCCCUGCCCACAGGGGCGGUAGGAUUCCACGGAUGCUGACAGCUUGUUCCCAGCAUCACCUACACACCAUAAGCAGGUUUUCACUGAAGCAAGUCGCUCCAGCAAAUCCACAAAAGGGUAAAGUUUGUGAUUUUGUCUUUAUCAUUGCGAUUACCAUCUGAUCCAGUAAGGAGUGCACUUCUUUGGAAGUUCUGACUUCUCUGAUCUGUCUCGGUCGUUUGUGUUAUACAACCAAAGUUCUCUACAGACUUUAUUUUUGUACAAUAUUAUUUUGUAACUUUUUACAAAUAAAAACUCAUUUCUAUUGCU